AUGAUAGACACAACUUCUACCAGACCAAUCAACGUCCGCGACGCGGUCGAUGAAGACAUCAAUUAUAUUGCCAGCCUUGGGUCUCACGUAUUCAGCACGACUUUUGGGUAUUCAGUCCCACCUCAUGAGCUUCAAGCAUAUUUGGACGAGGCUUACAGCAUACCAGCCACGAGCCAGGAUGUCAAAGAUCCCAACAAGGAUAUGAUUGUUGCAACCACUCCAGACAACACAGUUAUCGGCUUCGCACUUCUGACUCGUGGCACCAGCGAGCCGUGCAUCGUUCAUCUGGAAAACACAGUGGAAUUCCAGCGGAUAUACGUGCAUCCGGACUACCACGGGCUUGGAGUGGGGAAGAUCCUCGCAAGUAGGAUCGAAGCUAUGGCUAAAGAACAGGGCUUCAAGCAUAUAUGGCUGGGUGUUUGGGAAGAAAAUCUCAAGGCUCAGAAGGUUUACGAGAAGCUCGGCUAUGUGAAGGUCGGUGAGCAUGACUUCACGAUCGGAGAAGUGGUGCAAACAGACAAUAUCAUGGUCAAACAACUAUAG